AUGGCCUACAACCGCGUGCCCAACCCCGUCCGCGACGACGAGCCGUCCGCGCUGACAAUGGACCCCAACAGCCUGCACCCCCGCGGCCGCGCCUCGCCCGCCCGCCCGCUCCAGUCCUACCAGCUCGAGGACGGCCCCUACCAGCAGUACGGCCACAUGCAGAUGCCCUCCACCGAUCGUUUGAUGGUCCAGCCCACGUAUUCCGUCGAGAACAUGCAACACUCCUUUGGCCACAACGAGGCCUACGAGCAGAACCACCCUUACCGGCCCUCGCCCGGCCCGCCGCGCGACUACACUCUGUCCCCGGAAACCCAUCACGACUCCUACUUCAACCCGCCUUACCAGCCCACCGCCUCCCCCGUCGACGACUACGACCUGACCAACUACCCCCAGCGAUACCAUGACGACGAAGUGCCCAUCCUGCAGUCCGAUGCCGCCCCCUACAGCGACGGCCCGCCGCCCAUCAUGCCCACCCCCAGCCCCGCCCCCAUCCGCCGCUGGAAGACCGUCAAGGAGGUGCAGCUGUUCAACGGGAACCUAGUCCUGGAUUGCCCCAUCCCCCCCCGCCUGCUCAGCCAGAUCAACCACGCCGCGCCCCCCGAGCGAGAUGAGUUCACCCACAUGCGGUACUCCGCCGCCACCUGCGACCCCGGCGACUUCUACGAGGAGCGCUUCACCCUGCGCCAGCGCCUGUUUGCCAAGCCCAGGCACACCGAACUGUUCAUCGUCGUCACCAUGUACAACGAGGACGAUUUCCUGUUUGCCCGCACCAUGAUCGGCGUCUUCAAGAACAUCGACUACAUGUGCUCCCGCUCCAACAGCAAAACCUGGGGCAAGGAGGCCUGGAAGAAGAUCGUCGUCUGCGUCGUCAGUGACGGCCGUGCCAAGAUCAACCCGCGCACCCGUGCCGUGCUCGCGGGUCUCGGGGUGUACCAGGACGGAAUCGCAAAGCAGCAGGUCAACGGGAAGGACGUCACCGCCCACAUCUACGAAUAUACCACCCAAAUGGGCAUGGAGCUCAAAGGCAACCAGGUCCUCCUGAAACCCCGCAAAGGCAUGCCCGUGCAGAUUCUGUUUUGCCUCAAGGAAAAGAACCAGAAGAAGAUCAAUUCGCACCGCUGGUUCUUCCAGGCGUUUGGCCGCGUCUUGGAUCCCAAUAUCUGCGUCCUCAUCGACGCCGGAACCAAGCCGGGCAAGGACUCCAUCUACCAGCUGUGGCGGGCCUUCGAUCUGGAGCCCAUGUGCGGCGGUGCCUGUGGGGAAAUCAAGGUCAUGUUGGAGCACGGCAAGAAACUCCUGAACCCGCUCGUCGCCACCCAGAACUUCGAGUACAAGAUGAGCAACAUCCUCGACAAGCCCCUGGAAUCCGCAUUCGGCUUCAUUUCCGUCUUGCCCGGUGCCUUUUCGGCCUACCGGUACGUUGCUCUCCAAAAUGAUAAGAACGGCCAGGGCCCCCUCGAGAAGUAUUUUGCCGGCGAGAAGAUGCAUGGCGCCAACGCCGGCAUCUUUACCGCCAACAUGUACCUGGCCGAAGAUCGUAUCCUGUGCUUCGAGCUGGUGUCCAAACGCAACUGCCGCUGGAUUCUGCAGUACGUCAAGUCUGCCAGUGGUGAGACCGAUGUCCCCGAUCGCAUGGCCGAGUUCAUUCUGCAGCGUCGACGUUGGCUCAAUGGCAGCUUCUUUGCCGCCGUCUAUGCCAUCACUCAUUUCUACCAGAUAUGGCGCAGCAGUCAUAGCAUCUCGAGAAAGUUCAUGCUGCUCAUCGAAUUUAUUUACCAGACUAUCAACAUGUUAUUUGCGUGGUUUGCUAUUGGCAAUUUCUUCCUCGUUUUCCGCAUUCUGACCACUUCUCUCGGCACUCCUGACCUGCUCGGGCGCGUGGGGGAUAUCCUCGGCGUUGUUUUCGAAUGGCUGUACCUCGCAACUCUCGUGACCUGCUUUGUUCUGGCCCUCGGUAACCGACCGCAGGGCUCGAAUAAACUGUACAUGACCAUGACCUGCUUUUGGGUCAUUAUCAUGAUUUAUCUUACGUUCGCUGCUGUCUUUGUCACCGUUAAAUCUAUCCAACGCCAAGUUGCCGCUGGCAAUUUCAGUUUUGGUGCCAUUUUUAAGAAUCUUCAAUUCUUCUCCAUGAUUGUUUCGCUGAUUUCAACCUAUGUGCUUUGGCUUCUUGCUUCGAUUUUAUUCUUCGAUCCCUGGCAUAUGUUUACAUCGUUCCUUCAAUAUAUCCUUCUUACCCCGACUUACAUCAACGUCCUUAAUAUCUACGCUUUUUGCAACACCCAUGACAUCACAUGGGGAACUAAGGGUGACGACAAGGCCGAGAAACUGCCCUCUGCCAAUCUCAAACCCGGCGGGAAAGUCGACGUCGAAAUCCCCCAGGACGAUGGUGACCUGAACGCCCAGUACGAGUCCGAGCUGGUGAAAUUCGCCUCCAAGCCGCCAAAAGAAGUCCGCAAAGUCACCGAGGAGGAGAAGCAGGAAGACUACUACAAAGGGUUCCGAAGCUCUGUCGUACUCGUGUGGAUUUUCUGCAAUUUCGCCCUUGGAGCUUUGGUUCUGAAUGCCGUGGGGCUGGAAAGAGUUGAUCUGAAUAGCCAGAACGAGGCCAAGAGAAGCUCCAUCUACAUGGCUGUUGUCCUGUGGAGCGUUGCUGGCUUGUCGUUGUUUAGGUUCUUUGGAGCAAUGUGGUUUUUGGUUGUUAGGAUGUUCCGUGGCGUAUAA